UCCCCUUCGCUAUUUGCCUUCAUUCCACGCCCAUAACCUAUUCGCAUAUUCGCAUUAUCCCGCAGUUCGUCCAUCUUGAAUCUGGACGACUUAUAAUCUUUAACGUACCUCUACUCGUCAUAUCGCAAACAUGGGAUGGUUUUGGGCAGACCAAGCGCCUGCGACGCCCCCAACACACCACAACGCCUCCUCCAUCGAUAAAAGCCGCAGCCCUCCGCCAGAAUGUCCCAUGCACCAAAAGUCCGCCGAUGCCCUCAAGCCCGCGCCAGCGCCCGUCACCCAGGAAUCCGCCUGCCCCUACACUCCCCCGAGCGGUAGCGCAGCCGUCCCCUCCGAGCCACGAAAGCCCACUACCACGGAGAAACUCUCCAAGUACAAUCCUCUCAACUUCAUGUUCUCCGACCUCUCACAGGAGCGCGCCGAGAAGCAGACCGUAGCGCUGGACAUUGAGCGCGAGCCGUCGACCAUCCCGAAGGGUACCGGUGGAAACUGGGAGUACCCCUCGCCGCAGCAAAUGUACAAUGCGCUGCUGCGCAAGGGAUACCACGAUACGGAUCCAGAGCAUGUGACGAGCAUGGUUUCUGUGCAUAACUUUUUGAAUGAGGGCGCAUGGAACGAGAUCCGCGUCUGGGAGGGCCUUUUUGCCAAGGGCCUGGGCGAUGGAUGGAGGAAGUGUAUGAAGGGAGAGCAGGGCAUUGUGGAGAGCGGCGUUAUGGAUGAGGCAGACCCGAAGUUGAUGAGGUUUCAAGGGCGGCCAAAGGAGAUGACACCGAAGGCGGCGAUGGUCCAAUUUUUGGGUGGCAUCUAUCCUUCUAGGUUCAAGACCGCGCCUCCCUUCGAUCGCCAUGACUGGUAUGUGGAGCGAAAGAUUGGCGACAAAACCAGCGAAGUCAGAUACGUGAUUGACUACUACGAGGCGCCGGAUGAUGAGGCAGGCGAGCCAGUGUUCUAUCUCGAUGUCAGACCAGCGAUCGACAGCCCAACUCUCGCCAUCGCACGUGCGAUGCGCUGGGGUGGAGACAUUUACUACAGAGCAAGCGGAAAGGAGGUCCGUGAUGCUGCUAAGGAAGCAUCGGACAGCAAUUGAUAUAAACACCUAUUUUUGUAAUUAAUUCGGAGUACGGCUGCUCAGCCAUUCAUGGCUUGAUAGAGCAAUGGGUAAUGAUGAUGGGGAUGGGGCUUGUGGACGUGUAUAUUAGGGCGGGCAGUUUAUUAAUAUCCAAAUCUCCCCUCGAGGAUUUUAUUAUAUGGACUUCAUGUAUAUAUACUAAAUGAAGUUACGGCUUUGGAAA